AUGCAUUUUAUUGAUAAUUUGUUUGACCAUUGUGACGUGCAAGCUAUCAUUCGCGUUCCUAUUCUAGAUGUAUCGAGAGAUGAUAUUCGGAUUUGGGCUCAUACUAGUGGAGGUAUGUAUCAAGUGAGAAGUGCAUAUAAAUUGAUCCUGAAAAAGUUCACCAACUAUGACAUGUUGAGAGUGAAUGGAGAUUGGCGGCUUAUUUGGGAUUUGGAUAUUCCUCCAAGAGAGAAGGGGUGGGGUGUUGUGAGAGAUCACGAUAUAUGGUGCUAUGCUACUAUUGUUGGCUGCAUGGAUUGGAUGGAAGCUGAGGCUUGGGUGUUGCUUACAACUAUGGAGUUUGCCAUCUCCCUUGGUUUGCAACAAGGGGAUUUCGAAAUUAACUGUAAGACUGUGGUGGAUAAAAUUAUCAAAGUUCCGUUGAUCAAUCUGAGUUUGGUGUAG